AUGCGACUUCUCUCAUUUAUUACCGCUGCUAGAUUUAUCUUCGAUCUCCCUUUCGCCGUCACAUUCCCAGCUGACGCCGUUGUCCAACCCCUACAAUCACUUGAAAAAAGAUUGUGGCUCGCAGACCUACCGCCCAUAGAACCGGAGCACCCGGGAGGCCUCUAUCUUCUACGCGAUCAAGGCCAAAUCGAUCACCUUAUGAGAUACGGCGACGGGCCCAACUGCCUGUUGGUCCUUUUGGCUUCAUCUCGAGCAAACAUAGAGGAUGAAGAAAGAUGGAUAGGAUGGCCGCUCGGCAAUGAUACCUAUCGAUACAACGGGGAAAACAAAUGUCAAAACUUCAAGGAUCUACACAAGUCGCUUCCAAAUCAAGUUUCCAGCUACUCAGUCACCGGGUACUGCGAGUGCGAGUUUUUUGAUGAUGAAAAUUGCCAAAAUACUAAAUUCAGGGCUUUUAAUCGCGCAGACGAUACCCUCAAAGAACACGGAAAUAACGACCUCCUCGAGAGUUAUAAAUGUUGGAAAGAAAUGCAUAUAAGCAAUAGUGUAACCUGUUUCGUAUUCUAUGGACCACAGGGCCUUCGAGGCCGACUGGCGGAGAAAAUAAACAAGUCGCACCUGGAUGGUGCUGAUAUCAGUGGAAUUGAGGACGGUUAUGCCAUGGCAACUCUUCCGAAUAGCAAAAUGUUUGUUGAUGGCCCGGGGAGUGCGCUUAAAUGCUACAGGAUGGAACCGAAUAUUCUAGUUGAGAGUAUCGUUGUUAGGGGAUGCUCUUGCGUGUUCUAUCUUGAUGAUAACUGUUCUAUGCCGCUUUCUACUUCAUUCACGGGAAAAUAUGGCAUUGGAAACGCUGGUUGGGAUAGCAAGGCCGUGGUUGGCGAUCUUGACAAAGCUAGCUUCAAUUCGCUACGGUCUUUUACCUGUGCACCCCCCUAUGGUAUUAACUGGCACCCUAGAUAUGGAAAUUUACCAAAUUAA